UUGAAACGAGCCUUAUGGCGGCUAUUAUAUAAUCACAAACCGACAAGUAUUCUUCCUCCUCAUCCAAAACUAUACCAAGAGGUUCCAAAGUAUCACUCUCUCUUCUUCCACUAUCAAUUAUGGGACGAUACACUCAAGUUGAGUGACUCAACGUUGCGGAAUCCAUCAUCAUCAUCAUCGUCAUCGUCAAAAGGAUGGAACAACAUGGCGGUUCUAGCUCACAGAAACCUCACGCAAUGUGCAUACCUUAUCCAGCACAAGGCCACAUCAACCCAAUGCUGAAACUAGCCAAGCUCCUCCACGCUAGAGGCUUCCACGUCACUUUCGUCAACACCGACUACAACCACCGCCGUAUCCUCCAAUCACGUGGCCCUCACGCUCUCAACGGUCUCCCCUCGUUUCGCUUCGAGACUAUCCCCGACGGUCUUCCUUGGACAGACGUCGACGCUAAGCAAGACAUGCUCAAGCUUAUUGACUCCACAAUAAACAACUGUUUAGCUCCAUUCAAAGACCUCAUCCUCCGGUUAAACUCCGGUUCUGAUAUACCACCGGUUAGCUGUAUCAUCUCCGACGCUUCAAUGAGCUUCACAAUUGACGCAGCGGAGGAGCUUAAAAUUCCGGUAGUUCUCCUCUGGACCAACAGUGCUACUGCUUUAAUCUUGUAUCUCCAUUACCAAAAACUCAUCGAGAAAGAGAUAAUUCCCCUCAAAGAUUCGAGUGACUUGAAGAAGCAUUUAGAGACGGAGAUUGAUUGGAUACCGUCGAUGAAGAAGAUUAAGCUUAAGGAUUUUCCAGAUUUCGUCACCACGACGAAUCCUCAAGAUCCGAUGAUUAGUUUCAUCCUUCAUGUAACCGGAAGAAUCAAAAGAGCUUCUGCGAUCUUCAUCAACACUUUCGAAAAACUCGAGCAUAACGUUCUCUUAUCUCUGCGAUCUCUUCUCCCUCAGAUCUACUCCGUUGGACCGUUCCAGAUUCUGGAGAAUCGCGAAAUCGAUAAGAACAGCGAAAUCAGAAAGCUAGGAUUGAAUCUCUGGGAAGAAGAGACGGAGUCUUUGGAUUGGCUAGAUACUAAAGCUGAGAAAGCUGUGAUUUACGUCAACUUCGGGAGUCUAACGGUUUUGACUAGUGAGCAGAUCUUAGAGUUCGCUUGGGGUUUAGCGAGGAGCGGGAAAGAGUUUCUCUGGGUGGUGAGAUCUGGUAUGGUCGACGGAGAUGAUUCGAUUCUUCCGGCGGAGUUUUUAUCGGAGACGAAGAAUCGAGGAAUGUUAAUUAAAGGAUGGUGUUCUCAGGAGAAGGUACUUUCGCAUCCGGCGAUUGGAGGAUUUUUGACUCACUGUGGAUGGAAUUCGACGUUGGAGAGUUUGUACGCCGGUGUUCCGAUGAUCUGUUGGCCAUUUUUUGCUGAUCAGUUGACGAAUCGAAAGUUCUGUUGCGAGGAUUGGGGGAUUGGGAUGGAGAUCGGCGAGGAGGUGAAGAGGGAGAGAGUGGAGACGGUGGUUAAAGAGCUCAUGGACGGAGAGAAGGGAAAGAGGUUAAGAGAGAAGGUGGUGGAGUGGCGGCGCUUGGCGGAAGAAGCUUCGGCGCCACCGUUGGGAUCAUCGUACGUGAAUUUUGAAACGGUGGUUAAUAAAGUCCUUACAUGUCACACGAUUAGAUCGACCUAAUUGGGCUUUCCGUAUCCAAAUAGGCCCAUUAGAAAAGGCCUGUUUGUUUCCACUAUCAUUUGGGCUGGCUUUAAUGACAAUUUUAAAAGAUGUACUUACAAGUUGCAAUAAUCUAUAGUGUUCUUCUC